GGCAGAGCGGGGGCAUUCGCCCAUGACAUCGCUCUGGUGCAGAUGUCAAGGGCGAUACCCACGACCAACUUCGUUCGUCCCAUCUGCCUGCCGCUGGACAUCGGCCGGCUGCAGGGAGGGCAAAACGCCGCUGUUGGCCAGAGGACCUACAUCGUCGGCUGGGGGCGGUCUGAGGAGUCUGUCGGGUCUUUCACGCCGGUGCUGCAGGAGGCUGCCAUCAACGUAGUGCCGAAGAGCAGUUGCGAGAGACUUUUCCGCAGGUCGCUGAAAUCGACGGGUCUGGGGAACCGAGUGUGCGCAGGCAACUCCGGCAUUGACACGUGUCGCGGCGACUCUGGAGGCCCUCUGAUGGUGCACGAUGGCACCGGCAGGAAGUGGUACCUGGUCGGCGUGACGUCGUUCGGAACCAGGGACUGCGGCAGAAACCCGGCAGUGUACACGCGCGUCACCGACUACGUAGACUGGGUUCGGGAUAGCUUGCGGGCCCGCCUCUGAGCCGGCCACUAGCCCUGCUGCUGGUGGCCAGCGCUACCUCCGCUGUUAGCUGGGAGCCGUCGCUGUUGGUAUGCUGCCCCUCCCCCUCAGCUCCUGCUCUAAGUUAUUUGUCACCGGUGUUCUGCGUCGUCCGUGGAGCAGCGUCGCUCGAGUCGAUGACGGCAAUGGGAGGGAUGGUCAAUGAUAUCCCUCCCACUCCCAUAUAACACAAGUGCCAUUGGUCGAGGUGCACAGCGCUCGGGAAUUCAGUUGGGCGUGGUGUUCUUCUGCCGACGCCGGUGGUUGUGCUCGAUCAGAUGUGAAAUAUAGUCCAGGGUACUUCAAA